AUGGCCUGUGAAUGGACUGAGACAGACAACAAGGGAGGGACAGAUUUUAAGAUCUACAGCAGCCUUGCAGAUGCUAUCGCAGACACAAACGCGUGGUCUGAGUACGGCGGCUUUGGAAGUACAGACGUAGGCUUUCCAGGAACAUCAGGCCCUUCUUCUGCGUCAAGUGGUCAGUACAGCAGCAUACCCGUAUCGGAGUGCUCUUCGUCUUCAACCGCCACUGGUGUGGAGGGCAACUUCUACAUAUACGACUAUGCGUCCUCUGUGGUGCCUGGCACCUGCACACGAAGUGUAGGAACUCUUGGCAGUGGUGCACAGUGCGAGGAUGAUAACGGGCAGGAGAGUCGAUUGGGUUUCCUGAUGUUCACGAAGGGAUCUCGUGCAACAAGAUGGCAAUCAACCGCCACGUCCUUUGCGGAGAACUUUGUCUGUGCUCGCUUCACAGGUGUGGAGUGGCAGUACUUGGAAGGGGCCACGUGGACUCAGUUCAUCCCAUACCCAACAGAUGUGCUGCUGGCUAGAAUAGAGUUCGACAACAACACGAUCACGUCGUUGAAAGGAUCGGAUGAAGAGUUUUACACGGUCAAACUGGGUUACGUGGAUGGGGACUUGGACUUCACGCUCGGCACCAGUUCCGUCACAAUCGCCGGAACAUCUUUUGUUGCUCGGUGUGGCGAGGAUUUAUGGUGCCGCGGUGGUAUUCGACCAAGCGGAACGGAUGGAGCAUCGUACUGCUGUGCAAGUUCCUGCACAGUAUGUGGAGGUGCAACUUGUUCCGACAACGGAGCCUUGGACAUCUGCUGCUUGAGCACUCUGCUGGAAGCUGGGAGAGUUUGUCGUGACCAUGAUGAUGUCUCAUGCUUGAUUCCGGAGUCGUCUGUUCUGUGUGGUGGCAGCCUGCAGCUUAAUAAUUUCGAGUCUGCGGCCACCAUGAAACAGGCUGGCUGGACCAUUGACAGUGACAACGACGCCGACCUGUUCUCUCCGGAUUCUACACUCAAUGGCUGGUACAGGGGCUUUGCUUCGGGCUCCAAUGCCGGUGGGAUUAGUGUCACCCUCCGGGGAUAUGGGCAACUCGAUCUGACCUAUGGAAAUGGCAAUUCUGUGUCGGGCACAAACAACCAAGUACAGGUACUCCUCGGCGGCAAUGAAGUAGACACCGCUGACUCCACACAGUCAGAAAAGACGUACACAAUCGAUUUCACGGAUGGGGACGUCUUGGAAAUCAAGGAUGCAGGCGACGCCAUCAUUCUUGUCAAGGGCCUUGCCUUCAAGUGCUUGGUACAGGAUUUCUGGCCACGCGUGGUCAUCAGAAGUGGAGAGUUUGGUGCGCCGAGCACCUGGACCGCAUGGCCUGCGGAGGCCUGCUAUUUGGAGGAGGAGUCAACUGGUACUUGGAGUGGCACGGUGAGUGUAAGCAGCAGCUCGAUUUCGACUGCCAGCGAAGGUCUUUUCCCAGUGACUUAUACCUGCAGUCGGAACAACAUCCCAACAACAAGGACUGUCAUCGUGAAAGUUCGAGAUCCGAUCGAGCUGGUAGGCCUAGAGGCCAUGAUCGUCCGCCAAUCGGCUGGCUCAACCUUGGCAGACCCUGGUGCAGCAUGCAUCGACCGAGACUUGGUCCCGCUGGCUGUUUCCACUUCACCGUCAAGCAUUGCGUUGGACAAUGUUGGCGAGUAUUCAUUCACAUACUCAUGUACCGACAGCAGCAGCCGCACUUCCACAAAGAUCCGCUAUGUUCAAGUUGCACCUGCCAUAGAAUUGAAGGGGGACGCAGUCAUUGUUAUCGAAAAGGACAAGACAUGGAACGACCCGGGUGUACAGUGUGUUGAUGUCAACGGAGGUUUGUUGGCUCACACAGCCAACCCUUCUCCCGUAGACACAACCUCGGCCGCCACGAAUACGGUCACCUAUACGUGCACGGACAGUACUUCUGCAACCCUGACCGCAACCAGGACCGUGAUUGUGACAAGCGGCCUGCCCGGAACCAUUGUUCAGGGUCCCAGCUCUGGCAUUGUCCUGCUUCUCGGAGAGACGUUUCAGGAUCCUGGGGUCUGCUGUAAGGAUAGCCACAAUCAGGUAUUGCCCUUCUCCAGCAUCUUGAAUACCGCACAUUCCGACUGGAGCGGCUUGCAAACGCUCUUCUACAGCUGUACAAGUUUUGGCGUGUCUGAAAGUGCCGUGCGGACUCUCACCGUCAACAACGUGCCAAAGAUCUUCCUCACAGGUGAUGCUGAAACACUGUCGGUAUUGGAUAACCUGUAUGUAGAGGCUGGGGCAGUUUGCACAGAUAUUGAGGAUGGCCUCAUAACAGCUUGGGGAGCGACUGGCUUGGGGACUGCGCAGAAGCUGCCUGUGCUGAGAGCGGGUGCAAGUGGGACGGUGACAUCGGGCGCAGCAGAAAAUAUCAUCGAUGGCGACGAGGCGAGCUCAGUCACUCAAGCUUGCGAGUCCUGCGUAGAGGUGCCGCAGUCGGUGUAUUUGUGGGUGGACCUGGGUGCCGGCAAAGUUGUCCACCAGUAUGCACUGGCUGGAACCGUGUCCGGAGCCAGCAUUUUAGUCGGGCCCGACAUUAACGUCGGUCCUGCUUGCAAGACUGGCAUCACGACCUCGCUUGGGAGUUCUUCGAUAGUGGAGUGCGAUGCUCCUUUGGCCGGCCGCUUCGUUACGCUGGUUGGGUCUGGUUCCUCCACUAUGAAAGUGUGCGAGCUCACCAUUUACGGCACGGUCGGGCCCGCAGCACCUGCUAGAAUCAAUAUCACAGGUACACCAGCAAGCUGCACUGGAGUUGAUGCUGUCACACUGGAGCUAGCAGGACACAACGACAGCGCCUUGGGCGUCAUGUACUCUACGCAGAUGCCUGGCUCCAACAAUGAGCUGCGUACAGAUCAAGGCACGGGACCUCAUCUACAGACAGAAGCUGUGGCCGGCAAAACUCUGGGUACUCCUGGUUCCGAGCGAUGGGUGCUGCGUGACUCAAAAUGGGUAGAGCAAGCCUAUGCCAGCGGAGGAGAGAGCUUUCCGCCAUUGGAUGGAAGCCAGUGGACUAUUUCAGGCACAGGUGCGACUUGCACGAACCUCUCCUUUGCGAUCGAUCCCGAAGACUCGUGCAGCUGGCUGUUCGGGCCAUCCAGCGCCGACGACCAGUAUGGCUGUGGGGAUGGCAGCGAGUGCAACACAGAGGGCUGCUGCUCCACGGCGGGUGGUCUUGCACGAUGUCCGCCCAAUCUCCCGAGGAUGUGCGAGGCACAGACCUGUGGCAGCGACUACUGCUGCAAAACGGAUUGUGCCUCUCACAGUGGGAACCGCUUGUGCAAGCAAAGCUCCCUGCCUACUGUUACCAGCACUGGAAGCUCUACACUGGCGCGGAUGGAAGUGGUGAGUUCCGUCUUGCCCAACGACCCUGCAAUCUACAAGGUGACGUACACUUGCUAUGAUUCGGCAGGUGCGCAUGUUUCUGUCACGAGAACCGUGGAGGUGGGAUGUGAAGAUCCAAACCCCGGUGGAACCUAUGGCGGCAACCGCGUUGCUUGCAGCACGAUUUAUAAAGAGACAGAGAACGUGGCGAACUAUGACGCCUGUGAGACUCUCUGCUUGUCGGCGAACAGCACCGAAUGUGUGGCCUACUCUUUCUUCACCAAUGGCACUUGUCAAUUUCUAACGCUCUGCACAGGGCGCUAUUUCAUGAUCAUCAACGGCACUGACCGGCACGUGGCAUAUUGCAGACGCGUGGACACAGCUCCGAGCAUUUACCUCGAAGAUGGUGUCAGCUGGUUCCUCUUGGGUGCUACAACUUACAGCCUGCCGAAGGUGAGCUGCUCUGAUUCUGAAGAUGCUGGCAACAUGGGGGACCCGACGGAUAACAUCAACAGUGUCGUGGAUGUGAACACGGCUGGGAAUUACAUUGUGACAUACACGUGCACGGACAGCGCCGGGCAGUCAACAACUGGAACACGGACAGUCACAGUAAAGGCAAACUGCUCGGUGCCUACAGUCGUGAAUCAGAACGACACCACCGGGUACUGUGUGGAAGGGACGACGUUUGCUCAUGGCACCACGUGCACGGGCGCCUGCAACUUUGGCUAUGCGCCGCGCAAUCCAACUCAUACCUGCACAACCAAGUCAGACACCGAUUACGAGUCCGCGUUUGAUCCCUCUCUUAUCUUGUGCGAUGUCCUUCCUUGCAACGAGCCCUCCGUCGCGAAUUCUGCUGUCAGUCCUACGGAUGGCCAACCGAAGGCCUGUCAAGAGAGCAAUACCGCCCGUGAGAUUCCGGAUUCCAGCGUUUGCACUCCGCAGUGUGCCGAUGGCUAUGUUCCGCGGGUUCCAGGUGUUGGUUCGGGUGCUACGCUGGCCUGCUCUGCCAAGAUUUUGGACCCAGCGACCUUUGUGUGUGAGCUGCCGGCUGCCUCUCCGUUGUCGAUCUUCGCGCCUUCCAGACCUAAGCCGGAGGGAGCUGUGGAUCUCACGCUCCAGUUUGCCACUGGCACGGCCAACGAUUGCACUUGGUCUGGAUUCAUCUUCGAGGGCAAGGAGGUAAAAAGCGGUGAGACCACGACCUAUGGCGAGAUGGUCGGAUGCGAAAACAGUAUAUUCACGGCCCGGGAUGUGGUAACAUGCAUGGCGACCGGCUUGACGGAGGGUGGUGAUUACCAGUUUCGUGUCAUGGAGGUUUGUACUGACACGAACAUGAACAGCCCGUGGACAGAAUCUGAAGUGUUCACCCUGCGCUUCGUCAUCGUCCCAGACAUUUUGCUCCUGCUCCCAGAGGGCGAUCAGUACAGUGCCGUUAGCCAGGUGCUCCUCGCAAUGCAGGUGGACGUGUACGUGACUUCCGACACCAGCAAAGCUUUCGUCAUCGAUCGCAAGAACAUCCGAGAGGGAGGUGAAGAGUGGUGUCCGACCAUCCAAUGGCGCGUGCCUGCCAAUUCGAUCAUCGAUGGCAGUCCAUCUGGAGCUUCCACUGUCGGCCUUAUUCAGGAGCGGAUUCUUAUCGCAAACUUCCCUGCGGACGACUUCAUCAAACCUGGAUGCUUCUAUGAUAUCGCUUUCGAAGAAGGUUUGUUCGUUACGGAGGACACGCCGUCGAAGGUCAAUCCUGAAUUUCGGUGGAACUUCAGCUACAUUGAUCCGUCUCCAGUGCGAAAAGUACUUCAGGUAAGUUCACAGGAAGUAAAGGAUGACGGCAUAGAAGUGACCUUCCUUGUUCAAUAUGACCUGGCAUCAGAAAUCAACUGCACCGUUGCAGCAGUGGAGCCGGAUGCAGUGCCGUUGCGGGUGACUGGCCGGGUCGCUACGGGAGCGUUGCGGCAGCCGAUUUACAGCAGCGACAUCAACAGGACAGCUGGUGAAUACACGGUCUUCGAUGACACGGCUUUCAGUUUCAGUGUUCCGGCUCUGGUGCCGAGCAAGCAGUACACCAUCAACUGUGACGGAUGGAAACGCUCCAAGCCCUGGGUUCCUGUGGUAUGCUCGAACUUUCCGGAGGCGUGUCCGGAUAUUAGCUUCACCACGCUGGCUGACACCCGUGCAGAUCUGCAGUCUAUUGGCAUUCUGAAGGUGGCAUUGUGUUCCGAUGGCACGCAGGUCACGAUGUCAUCGGAGAUUCAGACGUUCGAGCAAGUGGCAACUGGGAUAGUGAUGCUGCUUUCGCAGCACGAGCGUGUAUGCGGUGUUGAGAAAGCAGUGGGCGAGGUUGCCGACACCGACGUGAACUUUACGGUUGCUCCAGUAUCAGACUUCGCUACCAUGACGUACAACAAUCCAGAGUACGAGUUCCACAACUUCUCGUAUGAGAAGCAAGCUGAUGGCGCCAGACUACUGAUGCUGACUUCCACUCUGGAUGUCACGGUCUGCUCUCACGCACAUUCCACCGUUGAUGCCACGACUUAUCCCUGCACGAAUUAUGCUUUCAACGUGUCCUUCACGGAUACAAAGCUGGCCAUCUUGAAGAUAACUGUCACUCCGGCCAGUGGUGGAGCGUCUUACUCGGUUGAGGGAGCCGGCUCGGAGAUCAUAGCUCGGAACGGUGACGAAGUUAAGUUUGACAUGGAGAAGGAUCCUGUCACGCAGUUGACUGACAUCAAUGUUUCUUUGGGCGGCUCUACCUUUUUUCCGCAAGUGACCUCGGUGCCCAGUGAGUUCGUUAUGAUGACAAACAUCGAGGGGCAGGGACUGUCACUGCCAGUCAAGAUGAAAAUGAGUGGGGUGGAUUUCGAUAUGGAGUACAAGAUCACCUUCCAGACUCCCGACGUGACCCCGCAAGUUUUGACACCAACCUUGACAGCCUCGGGGCAGAGCCGGAAUCUCAUGACUGUUCUGGGCAACGUGCCGACGACAGCGUCUGUCAUAGCACAGGUCAGUAACCCAGCGGACUUCAUUCGACUCAGCCUCCGGAAGGUUGGCGAGGAGACCCAAGAACCGCCAGGAUUUUGCGAACAGCAGAUCUUCGACGAAGGUUGGACGAAACUUGAUUGUGUCGUCACGCUGACCCCUCUGAAGAAAGAGAGCCUGGUGCUGGAAAUGCAGGUGAAGAACUUCACUUCCACACUAUGGCAGCUUGCAAGCGACUUUUCUAUGACCGGGCAGGUUGACUUCCAAGCGCCAACAGUGACCGGUUUGUUCACGAGAGAUGCGAGUGGGGCGCAGUCGAACGGCGUCGUCGUGGAGCAGGUCAUGACAUCGGAUCCUGUCUUCUACCUCCAGGGCCAAAACUUUGCAAGUCUCAUGGACCUUUCGCUGACCUAUGUGGACUCGAAGAUUUAUCAGCUUUGGUUGGUGCUAGAUCGGGCUUCAAAUUCAAGGCUCUUGUUCUGCUCCUCUGUCGAGUACGUGUCGGACACAGAGCUGAAGUGUUUCAUUACAUCGUGCUUGGAUGCACGCAAUGUCCCAGCGGCUCCAGAAGUUGUCCUUCAAAUUGGUGAUCUCGAGUCCACUUCCGUAAUUGGACAACUGACGCUUCCACAGCCCCAGAUCUCGACCAUCACCCCGGCCACUAUCUUCGAUGCUGGCUACUCGGAGAUUGAGAUCGAGGGCGUCUCCUUCGGCGAAUUCCUGGCUGCAGAUGGCGACUUCCAGGCGGCCUGCCUCUCGUGGCAGACGAAGCUGAGCGGCUUGCUGGCGGCAGACUCAUCCAGGAGGCUGAGCUUGGCGGACCAGAUUCCAGCUCUGCAGAUGCUGGGAACGGCGAGCGUAACUGUCGGUUUGGCAACCUGCACUGUUCAGGCCGGGCCCUGA